CGUUAGAUAGAUUAAACACUGAGUCCCCAAUUUCAAAUUUGGAAGUUUGUGCUAUGAGAAUUGCUCACUAUGCUGAAUUUUUUUCUAAUAUUUCUGCCUGUAAAUGUUAUCAAGGUAAAGGCUAUGGAUAUUACUGUGGCUACGAAUUAGGCUGUGGCGGUGAUUCUCUCUGGUAUUGUCCAGGUUAUGGUGCUACAGCCAGAUAUGUUGGCUACUGUGAUUAUUGUUGUAAUCCUCCUGGCGAAAAUAGUUAUUGUUGCUAG